AUGAAGGGGUGGCUUCCGAUCAAUCUUUACUUCAUUAUUACCCUCGUGUCUCUUGGCAGCUUCACGGAAAUCGAGCCGAACGAUGCUGCGAUGGAAAAAUCGUAUUUGUCACUGGGAUUUCUUCUCCACCGAACCGUUUCGGUUACUCAAAAAAGUUGUUCAUGCUCCACGAUAUCGUCUUGCUCUUGUUGCCAAAGCGUAACAAUCCUGCUGCGAGGGGUUGCGAAGAACCUCUGCGUAAACUUCGCCUACCAGCAAACUGGACUGAGCAUGAACAUCACUCUGGGUUCGAACGCCAUUCGACACGUCUCGGUAAUAGAUUACAGAGCGUUCAAAGUCUGCAGCUCGAUACCAGACUGUCGUUACUCUUUCGCCUGCGUUGACGUUAUGGAAGUUUCUCUGUUUCCAAGAUCAAUAACGAUAUGCGCUCAACUCGACGUAAUGUCGAAGGCUGAGAACUGGGUGAUUAAUUAUAAUUGCAUCAGUCUCUCGACCAUUUUACCGAACCAAUCGUCAAAUGCGACGGGACCACCGACCACCACUAACACUGUUUUGAACGGUUCGACCGGGAUGCAACCAGGAGGUGGUCAAAUGCCGCCCCCCCAAACGGGAGCGAAUCCAUCAAAUUCCGGCCAGAUGCCUCCCCCCAAUGGUUCUCCACCUCCUCAAAUGGGUCAAAUGCCAGGAGGUCAAAUGCCGCCAGGUCAAAUGCAAAGAAUGGUGAACGUACCGGGUCCAAUGCUUACUUCAAGAUGGCUGCGGGGGGUCAAAGAGCCCGGAGAUUCCGGGCGUCCGAAAAUCCGAUACAGUUCGUUAUGGAAGUCGAGAAAAGGGGGGAAAAUCCGAAACGAAUUAGUUUUAGACAAUCUGUGGCGUCUCUCGACCCUCGAAGACGAUGAGAUCAGUCUUCACCGCUCGAGGCGGAGUCCUAAAAAGCCGGGUAAUGCGGCAGCGAAAAUGCAGGUGAUACUUAGAGGAAGGAAGGACGGUUUGCCGAGGAUGACAACGUGGAAAAGCGGAAUCGUUAACGGAGAAACGAUUUCGGUACCGAUGUCAGAGCCGGGACCAGGGAAUUCGAUGAAAUUCGACGUCAUGUCGUCUAACAACGUGAUAUUGUCCCAGCGACCGUUGAUUCCGGUUUUGCCACCGGGGCUUUUCGUCCUGGAGAAUACGCCGUUCAUCCAGCAGGACGAACCGAUCGAGACGGGUCUUCCGGAGUAUUACGACAACAGGACGAGCAGCUUUCCCGACAGGAUUCCUCCCGGAUUUGGAAUCGUUUCGAGAACCGGAACCAACGAUAAUAACAGAGGAUGGAUCGUCGACAGGAGCGUCGAGGAGCUCGAGACUCCCGCACCUCAGAAUCAGCUCGAUGCUAAUAGCAAGAUCGUUGAAUUAUCCGUAAACAAUAACUCGGAUGGGAAAAUAAUAUUUCCCGAAUGAUUGCAGUCUUGAAUUUAC